GUCGCGGUUACACAAGCACUGCCUAUACGGCGGUGAAUCCAGGUUGGCAGUGUCUUGGUUCAUAUACCUGGUGUUUGCCCACCGUAACCACGUAUGUGCGACUCUUCACCCUUGGGGUACAAAUACGCCCACGCAUGCGAAAUGGCCCCAGCAUUUGCACCUACUUUGUUGGACACUCUAUCCUUGAAAUUACGUUCCUUUCCGAGGAUGAUACUUAAGUCCCCGACGCCUGCCACUGUCGAGGAGCGGCUGCAUCUUUCGGCCCUGGACCAGAACAUCGUGCGCGUGUAUACGCAGGUGUUCUUGAUCUUUCCGUUUCCUGAUGCUAAUCAACGUGAGAUUGCAAUCCAAGCUUUGGAAAGCGGACUCCAGGCGACUCUUCAGAGCUUCCCGUUCCUCGCAGGCACGCUUCGCCUCGCUAAUGACUCUUCCGGCAAACUGGUGCUCACCUUCCCCACCCAUCUGCCCGAUUGUGGAGCAUCUGGCGUCUUUGCCUGGAAGACUAAUGAAACUUUCCGCACCUACGAAGAUCUCAAGGAGGGAGGCAUGCCACCAGAUGCCUUCCCUGGAAGUAAACUUCGACCAGAUGAUUUCGGUAGAUACCCUGGUAUUCCGCCGGACGGCGAAGGCCUCGUCAACUUCGACCAUGGGAACCAGGCCCCCGUUAUGCGGGUUCAGGCGGACUUUAUUCCUGGAGGUCUCAUCCUAAGCACAUACGUUCACCAUACGGUCAUGGACUUCGCCGGCAUCAAUAUCUUCUGGAAAUGUUUUGCAGAGAACGUCUCGUCUCUAUCACUAGGACGGCGUAUCAUUCCUGGGCUAGCGGCAGACUAUGGUGCUGAUCAACGGACCAUGAGGCGACAAGUAGACAACCGUGCACCUACUUAUGCUUGUGGACAGUCGCCCUGCGCAGAAGCCUACGUUGAAGGGACCUACAAAUACGAAAAGUCGCUGCCCGAUGAUACCGAAUGCACAAUGAAGUAUCUGAUCAUCUCCGCCGCCCGCAUCCGCAACUACCGGGAUGACCUGCGCAAGUACUUCCCUGGGGAAUCACCACCGACUAUCUGUAACGUCAUCGCCGCAUUACUAUGGAUUCAUGUCACACGAGCGAGGGCACAUCGAAGAGGUGAUUGCGGAAAAGAGGAGACGAAGAUCGGUAUCGCCACCGACCUCCGCAAGCGGAUGAGUCCGCCUCUACAAGACAACUACACGGGUAACAUGGCAAUCUUCUCCACAGGGGCCCUGGAUGUUCAUGAACUCACGAAAGAUGAAUUGGUAACCGAAGAGACCAUCGUCUGCACGAUUAAGGAAAUACGACGUACGAUUGCGAAAGUCGAUAAUGACUGGGUCUCGAACCACUUAGGAUUCUUCAAGUCAGUUGACACUAUCACUGACACUGAACUUGGCCUCGGGUUCCGCUUUGGCAUGGAUAUCUAUAUCACGUCUUGGAUGAACUUCGGCGCAGAUCUUCAGUGGGGCAUACCCGGCACUGACAUGGAGGAUCAAUCCCUCGGCGGGCGUCCCGAGUUCAUACGACGAUCGUAUGGUGUUGCCGAUGGAGGCAUGAUGAUCAUGCCUCGCCGUCGCCAUCAAAUGAACGGCAACGAUGCACCGUACGAAGUCAUGGUUAGACUUGCGAAAGUCGACAUGGAGCGCCUCUUGCAAGAGAAGGGCGGUCUGUCCCAAUGGGCAGAGCGCAUUAUCUAGCGAGCUGGUUGGCAGGCACGACAGCUGCAUGCGCAUUCGCGACGACUUUCAUACCCACAUGGUACAUCCUGGAAAUACGCAUACAGGCUCUCGAGCCCCGGACCUUGUAGAUGUUCAAACCGGGCGUAAUUUUCUUUUCUGGCAACAUCUGCACGGCGUUCUCUAGUGGCAUAUGCAUCUCGGAGGAUUUGGGUUAUUAUGCUUUUUCUUGGGCCGGAC